AUGUUUCUUUCGGCGGUGAACUGUCAGCGUUUAGAGAAAACAGCGAAUGAUUACCUGGGUAGCUCGCGAACACUGCAUCGUCGCGCCGUUGACAGGCGAGCGGGAGCGAACGCUCCCACUAGGUGGCACACAUGUCCGCACCGCUUUCACCUUGCUGCGGUGACAGAGCGGAGACGGGCGCGCCAUCUGAAUGAGGCCAUUGCCGGGGACGAGCUGGUAACGUGUUUGAGUAAAGACCGGAACGUCGUUGUCAAAGCUAUUCGAGCUUCCGGACUUGUGCGUACGGCGUCCGAACUGCAUGAAGCGACGCCGGUCGCUGCUGCCGCUCUAGGGCGUUCCUUGCUCGCUGCGCUCUUGCUCGCGAGCGGCAAGAAGGAUCUUGAAACUGUUCAGAUGGAGUUCCGCGGAGACGGUCCUCUUCGGGCUGUUGUUGCCAUAGCCGAUGGAAGAGGUCACGUCCGCGGUUACGUCGGAGACCCCCAGGUUCAGCUGCCCCCGACUGCUGCUGGGAAGCUCGAUGUGGGCAGAGCGGUCGGCCGAGGCUUUCUCGCAGUUGUUCGUAACCACUCGACCUGGUCGGAACCGUACCGAGGUAUAACCGAAAUUCAAACUGGUGAAAUAGGAGACGACGUGUUGCACUAUCUGGUGCGUUCAGAGCAGAUUCCAUCCGCGCUGGCGCUCGGUGUAUUCGUACAAGGAGGACACGUGCAGGCAGCUGGCGGGUACCUGGUACAGUUGCUACCAGAGAGCACACCAGAAACGCUUGAUCGAGUCGAAGAAAACGUCCUUCAACUGAACAAGCGUGGCACCCCGACACAGUUGAUCCGCGACGGCAUGGAUGCCGUGGACAUCGUACAACAGCUGAUGGUGGACAUCGACGAGACGUCGUUGCGUCGCGUCCAACCGCAGUACAGUUGUAGCUGUGACGCCAGCCGAGUCCGCCGGAUGGUUGCCUUGUUACCGCGUGACGAGAUAGAGUCGAUUUUGCGUGAACAGAACCGGCUAGAGGCGAAGUGCGAAUUUUGUGGAUCAUACUAUGAGUUGAGCUCCGACGAAACGCGAGCGCUGCUGCGUGACGCGUGA